GAAGUUCCUUGAAUUGGACAGUGGGAGCAGUCCUGUUCAACUGCUCGUCUACGACUGGGCCUCUGCGGAGCUGGGCUCGACGAUAGCGGCCAUCUUGAUCCAGGAGGUCCUCGGCUACCAUGCGAGGCUCGACUCCGACCGGACGGUGACCGUCUUCGAAGGGCUUCUAGCCCUGGCCGGCUGUACAGAUUUCGACUGCACGUCAACCGUGGAGCGGAAGCAUGUGGCAGUAGAGAGCUGGCUUAGCGAAGUCAUCACUCUCUACCCAGCUUUUCGAGAUGCGCACCCCGCAAUUUGCCCGGAGGACAUGGGUACCAUGGGCUACUUCGGGAACCACAACCUCUUCGUCAAGGCCCACGUCAGAGACGAGGCUUACCACGACGUCGGGCUCGCCCUGGAGUUCUACAGGAGCUACAACACGAGCCACCAUGAUCCCAAGAGGUACUUCGACUCUUUUACAGAUAUCCCACAGUCGGAGUUUUUUCCAUGUGACACCCCGGGGAACGAGUUUGUGAAUACCGUGCGGAUGGAUCUCUACGUGCAGUACACUGGGGAUGAGGCCGGGGUCACACUGACGCCCGAGGGCUAUGUGGCUUACUGCCCAGAUGGUUAUUUUUGGCUUUCGCCUGCCUGUCGCCACGACCCAUCCAGCUGCAUUCCCAUCAUUGCGGCAGGCAAUGGUUGGAUUAUCGAUGCUCAGAUGCAGUGGGCCACUGCUUACGGAUUCCCCGCCGCGAUCGGCAUCGCCGCAACCUGGGACCUGUACGUCCAUCAGGUGGCUACAUACAAGACCCUUUUCUAUUGGUGGGAACCCGAUGCGACGCACAUGCAGCUCAAUCCGACCGGGAUGGUCUUCCCACGCCACAUCGCCAGUGAGUGGGAAGCCGGGAAUCUGAGAACCGCAGGCGAAGAUAGCUACAUCGGCAAGUUGGUCAGCCUGCAAUUGCGCACGGCAGCGCCCCAGGUGCGGGCCUUCCUGGACAAGAUGGAGAUGGAGUUGGCCCAGGUUUCCGAGCUCCUCCUGAACGUCGCAAGCGGGGCCAGCUUCCAGAACGCCUCCUGUCAGUGGCUGCUUGCGAACCGGAGGAAGUGGGAGCAUUGGAUUCCCAUCAACACCAACUGCCUUCCUGGCUUCGGCUUCGCCAAUGCGGAGGGCCAGGCGGUGAUGACGCGCGAGGAAGCCACAGGUUGCAGCCUUUGUCCUUCUGGGACUUUCAGCGCGAUCGCGGCCUUAGACGACUUCGGUCAGAGCUACCGGUGCGAGUCCUGUCCUCCAGGCAAGGCGCAGAGCCUGCAGGGGGAGACCUCGUGCAGCGCCUGUGAUGCGGGCACGGUGGCCCCUUCACAAGGGCAGGUGGAGUGCAAUCCUUGCGACCUCGGCAGCUACACAAAUGAAACUGGAAUGACAGUGUGCACUCCUUGUGCAGAUGGCAGUGAAGUUUGGACGACGAGCCGUGCAGUCAUUGACCGCGGGGAGGAGAAGUGGAUCCAGAUCACAGGGGCGUCCUCACCGAGCUUCUGUGUAUGUGUAGAGGGCUACUUCUUGCACAAUGGCCAGUGCCAGAAAUGCAUGGAAGGAUCGACUUGUCCCGGCUCCGGCCUGUUGACGGUGCUUCCGGGCUACUUCUCCGCGCUGGAGAAGCCAGGAGAAGUCUACGAGUGCUUCGGGAACAAGCUGCGCUGCCCCGGGGGCCAACCGGGGACUUGUGCACCUGGCCGGGACACCGACAGCGUGAGUUGCUAUGAUUGCCUCCCCGGGCUUCGGGCCGUCGACGCUGGCUACUGCUGGGACUGCGCUGGAGGCGACUACGCGCUGCUGUUGUUCGUAGUGCUCAUCUCCGUAAGUGCCAUCGUCGGCCU